AUGGCUGACAAACUCUCUGCUGCUAGUGCCCUAGUCACAAACUCUGAACUCAUUGUUAAGAUCCUGAAUGGUCUAGGACCAGAGUUUUGUGAGAUUCCUGUUGCAAUUUGUGCUGUGACUCCACUAUUACGUAUGAAGAACUCUAUGAGAAGCUUCUUGAUCAUGAGCUUUUCCUUAGUCACGAAGAGUCAAAGAAAGCUCCUAGCCAGAUUACUGCUGCUACCAGUGGCGAAGCCACAUGCUUUGCUACUGGCUGCUGCUACAGUAUUCAACAAAUCUAGAAACUUGAACAAUCGCAACAAUCGUCGUUCCAGCAAUAACAAUGGCAACAACCAACAAUGGCGAUACAACAAUCGCUUUAAUUCACAAAAUCAGUUGCAAUCCUCGAACACCAACAACUCUUAUGCUGGUGUUUGCUGCCAGUUGUGCAACAAACUAGGCCAUGUUGCAAGUGUAUACAGAUCCAAAUCUCACAAUCAUUUUGAGGCCAAAGCCAACUAUGCUUCGGGAAGGCAUGCAUCAGCAAAUCCUUGGACUCUCGACUCUAGAGCAUCUGACCACAUAACUGAUAAUCCUCACAACUUGCAGGAAUACAACGACAUGGAGUAG